GAGACCCAUUUCUCAGAGUUAAGUUUCUCUUCCUGUUCCAUUUCUCAUUCUCACUUUCACGCUGUGACUCCAAAGCAUUUUUCUUGUUCAGUUUCAAAAAUUACUUGACAAUGUCGAACGAUAUUCAAUUCUUCAUUCUCAACACCGGAGCCAAGAUCCCCUCCGUCGGCUUAGGAACUUGGCAAUCCGAUCCUGGUCUCGUCGGUCAAGCUGUUGCUGCCGCCAUCAAGGCUGGUUAUCGUCACAUUGAUUGUGCUCAAGUUUAUGGCAAUGAGAAGGAGAUUGGCUCUGUGUUGAAGAAGCUGUUUGAUGAGGGCGUAGUGAAACGUGAAGAUUUGUGGAUUACCUCUAAACUCUGGAAUACUGAUCAUGCUCCAGAAGAUGUACCGCUUGCAUUGGACAGGACUUUGGCAGACUUACAGCUUGAUUAUGUUGAUUUGUAUCUUAUCCACUGGCCUGCACCGAUGAAGAAAGGAUCAGCCGGCUUCAAGGUUGAAAAUCUUGUGCAGCCUAACAUAGCCAGUACAUGGAGCGCGAUGGAAGCACUCUAUGACUCUGGCAAGGCACGGGCCAUAGGUGUUAGCAAUUUCUCCUCCAAGAAGCUGGGGGAUUUGCUUGAGGUUGCUCGUGUUCCUCCUGCUGUCAAUCAAGUCGAAUGUCAUCCUUCUUGGAGGCAGGAUAAGUUGAGGGGUUUCUGCAACUCCAAAGGUGUUCACCUCUCUGGAUAUUCACCUUUGGGUUCCCCUGGAACAACUGGGUUUAAAAGUGAUGUCCUUAAACAUCCAGUUCUAAAUAUGAUUGCUGAGAAACUAGGCAAGACUCCUGCACAGGUAGCUCUUCGUUGGGGAUUGCAAAAGGGUCAUAGUGUGCUUCCCAAGAGUACACAUGAAACAAGAGUAAAAGAAAAUUUUGAUGUUUUUGGCUGGUCUAUACCUGAAGACUUGUUUGCCAAAUUUUCUGAGAUUGAAGAGGCAAGAUUACUCCGGGGAACCUUAUUUGUUCAUGAAACUUAUGGUGGCUACAGAUCUGUUGAAGAACUUUGGGAUGGUGAAAUCUAAAUAAUCUUCUCAGUAGCCGAUUUGGUCAGUGGAUGUGUGUUGGUAGAUUGUCGACUUAAUAAAUUUUUAUUAUUUAAAUGCUUGGUUUGAGACUUUUUUUCGAUAUCAUGUUAUUACCCAAUUCCAGAUAGAUUAAUUGGCCCCUUUAAGCUGGGAGUAUUUCAAACUGUCGAAAUUUUGGAAAAUUUUACAUAAUUGGAGUUUAUUUUCCUUCA